CUCUCUUAUUUUCCCACCCCCUAUCUUUCUCUCUCCUCGAACCCCACCCACAAGCAAACAACACCACACUUAAAUCGGAUCCGAAACAACACCCCCUAACCCUAGGCGCUGUGUUUAUCCUCUUCGUUCUCCAUUUCUAUGGCUAAUCUAUGCCAUAUUCUUUUAUUUCUCUUUUGAAAAGACCGAUACUGUAACUUUUGUUUUUAGGGUUAGGAUUUUGAGUUUUUCCCAGGGGUGGAGAUGGAUUAGGGUUAGGUUUAGGCCUAGGGUUCGACGUUUAUGGAAUUUGAAGGCCUUGGAGGCACUCAUGCUUGUGGUUGUCGUCGGUGAUGACUGGAGCCCUAUACCAACGGCAGAAGAAGAUGAUGGGCAGGGGCGCGGACAGAGGUUGUGGUACCGAGGAGAGGCCUUGUCACCCAAUUUCUAGGGUUUAUAGUCGGAUUCCGGUGACCCUGCCCGAGACUUCCGAGAAGAAAUUUGAUAUUGGUGUCGAUUUCUUUUCUCAGGCACGAAAAGCCCUUAGCCAGCGUUCACCCUUUGAUAUCCCCGAAGGUGGUUUUGUUGCCGGGUUGAGCGUGCCAAUUCUGCCCAGUGGACUGGCUAGUUUAUUGAAGCAGACUGAUAGUAGGAAGAGACAUAAAAAGUCGCAUUCUAGAGCAGAUAAGAAGUCAUCGAAGCAGGGGGAAAAGGCACGAGAAGCCGGCAUUUGGGUUGAAACGGAAGAAUAUUUUAGGGACCUCACAUUGCCGGAUAUCGAUGCUUUGUCUGAUAUUACCCCAUUUCGGUCUUUAGCUGCUAGGAAAAAGUGUUUUAUGAUUCCUUAUGUUGGAAAUGAGCCAACGGGGAAUUUAAAUUUGGAUUCUGAAGUGGAUGAGAGAGCGAGUGCGAGCAAUGGAGAGAAUUUUAACGGUAGGAAUGAAAACGGUGGCGAGGAAGGGAAGGAGGUCGUCAGGGUUAAGGGUGUACAAUUGAUGGAAAUCGAUAGCCGUGCAUCGCAAGCUCAGUUUUCACCAAAGGAAGCGGAAGUGUGCUUUGCUCUAGAUUCAACUAGUAGUUUAGAGUGGCUUUUAGGUUCUAGGAGUAGGGUAUUGUUAACUUCAGAGCGACCUUCAAAGAAGCGGAAGCUUGUUGGAGAGGAUGCUGGGCUGGAGAAAAUAUUAAUUGCAUGUCCAUGUGAUGGGAAUUCAUCUUUAUGUCACUUUUGUUGCACCGGUGUUACCAGAAUAGAAUCAAACAAAUUAAUUGUUUGUAGUUCUUGCAAGAUUGCUGUUCAUCAAAAGUGCUAUGGGGUGCAAAAUGAUGUAGAUUGUUCUUGGCUCUGCUCAUGGUGUAAGCAUGCAAAUGAUGACAAUGAUACGGUGAAACCUUGUGUUCUUUGUCCAAAGCAGGGUGGGGCAUUAAAGCCUAUCCAAAAGAAUGAUGGAAAUGAUGCGACUUUGGAAUUUGCUCACUUAUUUUGUUCACAAUGGAUGCCUGAGGCUUAUAUAGAAGAUUUGACAAAGAUGGGGCCAAUUAUUAAUGUUGGAGGAAUAAAUGAUGCUAGAAAGAAAUUAGUUUGUAAUGUAUGCAAGGUGAAGUACGGUGCAUGUGUUCGGUGCAGUCAUGGAACUUGCAGAACCUCAUUCCAUCCUAUAUGUGCAAGAGAAGCCAGGCAUAGAAUGGAAGUUUGGGGAAGAUACGGGUGUGAUAAUAUUGAGUUGAGGGCUUUUUGCUCCAAGCAUUCAGAAAUCCAUGAUAACAGCAGUUCCCCAACAAUUGGAGAACUUUGUGCUUCUGGCACUGACUCUUCUAUGGACAAACCUCAAAAUUCAAAACAUAGCCUAAGCAAUGGAGAUAAUAUUGCAGUGGACAGAGAAUCUCCAGAUGAUUACUCUGAUAAAUCUGGUGAUGAUGAGUUGCAAGACAUAGGUUUGUCUGAUACCAGACCAAGUGCCCGAGUUGCAUCAGAAUGUGGUGAGACACAGCAGCUGGGUGAUGUGGGGUUGUUGGAGAAGAGCAACGAUGAUGAACAUAACCCAUCUAACUCCCUUAAUUUUGCAAUGAUUUUGAAGAAGCUAAUUGACCGAGGGAAAGUCAAUGUAAAAGAUGUAGCGUUGGAGAUUGGAUUCUCGGCUGAUUCUUUGAGUGCUUCAUUAAAUAACGAUAGCUUGGCACCCGACUUGCGAUGCAAAAUAGUGAAAUGGCUUAGUAAUCAUGCAUAUAUCGUCUCUUCCCAGAAAAAAUUAAAAGCUAAUAUUAAGUCUUUGAUUUCAUCGAAGGCUGAGAUUGGAGCAACAGAUAUUUCUGAUGAUAUAAUGGUAUCCAAGUCUGACAUACCAGAUCUUGUUGCUAUUAAGCCUAUGCCCCAUCGAAGAAUUACCAAGAACAAUGUGAAGAUUUUGAGGGAUAAUAAAGUAAUAUGCUCCUCUGAUGAAAUUAUUGAUGAUAUUGGGGUAGUAAUGGAUGAGACUAGUUUUGAUCUGCUUACGAAGGAAGAAACAAAUGAUUUGAGUAAAUUAUCCAUUCUUGGUACCACUGGAAAGAAUUCAGCCAACCCAGAAUGUUACAAGAACUCUUUGGAGAGUCAUUUUCACAAAUCUGAAGGAAAUUCAACUGAUCUAUUAAAUGACAGCCUUUAUGGAAGGAGUCAAUCAGAGAGGGAAACCACUCUUGAGAAGCAACAAGAUCAAGGAAAUUCCAUUUACUCAAUCAUCAAUCCAAUUAUCACGGAACUCAUAAGAACUGAAGAAUUUUCUAAUUUUUACAUUCACCCUUAUACAUGGAAGCUAGUGCUGCAGAUGCAGAAUGGGAUGCUUUGUAAGAAUACAGUGGGUGAGUAUGAAAGCAGAAACAACGCAUUAAAGGGGUUUGAUGGUGCAGGGGAUGGAGAUCUCUCUCGACUUGUAGCAUCUUCAAAUGCCAGUGUUUGCUGCAAUCACCAAAGUGAACUUUCAAAGUGCAAUGAAAAGCGUUGUCAAUCUGAUGAUUCACUGCUGUCGGUUAAGGCUAGGAAGUUGGGGGCUCUCAAUUUUUCUCCCGAGGAUGAGGUAGAAGGGGAAAUCAUUUAUUAUCAACAUAGAUUACUGGGCAAUGCAGUUUCAAGAAACCAUGUUACUGAUAAUUUAGUUUCCAGGGUUGCUAAAAGUCUAUCACAGGAGGUUGAAACAGCAAGGGAAAAGAUAUGGCAUACUGCGUUCGUUAAUCAAUAUCUUUAUGAACUAAGAGAAGCAAAGAAGCAGGGCCGUAAAGAGAGAAGGCAUAAGGAGGCACAGGCAGUGUUGGCCGCUGCAACUGCUGCUGUCGCAGCUUCCUCUAGGAUUUCGUCAUCAAGAAAAGAUGGCUUGGAAGAUUCUAGUCAUCAAGAGAAUCUAUUGAAGCUAAAUGCUUCUGUUGGAAGAUCUGUCGUUAACAAUCAGACAAGAGCAAAAGAUGCACUUUUUAGGAAUGCUGUCCCAAGUAUCUCAUCUGAAAAGUACUCUGAUAUUGUUCAGUCAGUUAUAGAUUUUUCUAAAGGACAUCCUAGGUCAUGCGACAUCUGCAGACGAUCUGAGACAGUAUUGAAUCCUAUUUUAGUCUGUUCUGGGUGCAAGGUUGCAGUUCACUUGGAUUGCUAUUGCAAUGUUAAGGAAUCUACAGGUCCUUGGCGCUGUGAAUUAUGUGAAGAACUGUUUUCAUCUAGAUCCUCUGGAGCUCCAUCUCUAAACUUUUGGGAGAAACCUUAUCCUGCUGUUGAAUGUGGCUUAUGCGGUGGUACUACUGGUGCUUUUAGGAAAUCUGUGGAUGGCAAGUGGGUACAUGCUUUCUGUGCGGAGUGGGUUCUUGAAUCGACCUUUAGAAGGGGACAAGUUAAUCCUGUCGAAGGAAUGGAGAUGGCUUCAAGGGGGGUUGACAUUUGUUGUAUAUGCGGUUGCAAGCAUGGUGCAUGCAUCAAGUGUAGUCACUGUCAGAUCACUUUUCAUCCCUCCUGUGCUAGAAGUGCUGGAUUCUGUAUGAAUGUGAGGCUUGGUGGUGGCAAAUUGCAUCACAAAGCUUAUUGUGAACAGCACAGUGUGGAACAGAGAGCAAAGGCUGAAAAUCAAAAACAUGGAAUUGAGGAGUUGAAAAACAUGAAGACAAUUCGGGUUGAACUGGAGAGAUUACGUCUUCUUUGUGAAAGAAUCAUCAAACGUGAAAAAUUGAAGCGGGAGUUGGUUCUUUGCUCACACGAAAUACUUGCUUGUAAAAGAGAGCAUGCCACUUGUACUGUGCUUAGUCAUAGUCCAUUUUUCCAUCCUGAAGUUAGCUCAGAAUCUGCAACGACUUCUCUCAAAGGCCAUACAGAUGACAACAAAUCAUGCAGCGAAGCAAUGCGAUCAGAUGAUGUAACUGUGGACAGUACUCUUUCAGUGAAGCACCAAACGAAGAAUGUUCCUAUGCCUGUGGACAAUUAUCAAAGGACUGAUGACAGCUCCACUUCCCAAAGCCUUUUUGUUCGGAAGCAAACAGAGAGGGUGCCAUUUUCUGGGAAGCAAAUCCCUCAUAGAUAUUCUCUUGCAUCUCGUAAUGCUUUGGUUAAUGCAGAAUGGAACUCAAAAUCCAGAAAGCCUAUUGAAACAUUUGAAAAGGAGUUGGUAAUGACAUCGGAUGAAGCAUCAAUGAAGAAUUUACGGUUACCGAAAGGAUAUUGUUAUGUUCCUGUCGACUGUCUUCCUAAGGAGAAGCAGCUCCCACAGGAUGCUUCGUCUGAUGGACAAUUGGAGCACAAUGGUUAGUUCUUGUCAAUACCUGAGGUGUUUCACUUGCCUAAUGAGAGGUGAUGGCCAUCUUUGACUUCUAUAACUGUUUUCGGUGCGGAACCUGAGGUAUAUCUUUAUGAAGGCGGUUGAGUGGCAGAAUCAGUGGUAUAUUGAUUGGUCGAAUGAUAUGAUGAGGUGCAUCAUGCGACUCGGGGUGGGAAGUUUUGGCAUAUCAUUUGUUGUAUAUCUCACGAGUAAUUGUACAGUGAGGAUUUCAUUCCAUCAUGUUUUGCCAAAGAGGCUUGAAAACUUCAGUCCUGAAGGGUGGUUAGGGGAUUGGGGAUAACAAAGGAAUGGAGAUUUGCUUAUUGAACAAAAAGAAGGGAAAAUUGUGUCCUACUGUGAUUGCUCGAGUCUGAUGUAUAGUUGUAGUUGUUGUACAGGGUGUUUUAACAUUAACCUGCCAAAGAAAUGUUGCCCAA